AUGCCUUCAGUUGAUGACCGGCCAUUUGUCGAAGACAUUUUCAUCCCAGAAUGUCUUUUGAUCUCCGCAGCAUUAAGAAAGAGCACAGCCCAAGGGGCUCAAAGGCCCAGCUCUCCUUGCGACCAAACUCGCAAACCAGCCCAAGAUAUUUAUAUUCAGAAGAGGAACCAGCGUACAACAAGUUGGGAAACUGAGGUGUUGGACCCACGGGAUACUCCACAGCGAGCAACAAGCUAUUCGUCAGCUUUAGAGGGAAGAAACCAGUUGCAUCUAGGAGAUGAACAUCCGAGCUUUCUUCAAAGUCUUCGGAACCUGAACUCUAGUUUUCACCUUCACUGGAGUGAUUCAAUCCGUCCUCCACAGACACUAGAGCUCAACCAUCUUUCAAACAGGGACGAGCGAGAAUCAUCGAAAAUACCUAGCGGCCAGUCGCUUUUGCCCAUUCACCAAGCCAGAAAGAUAUCUAGAGCAUCACGGGUGGGCAGUCUGAAGAGUCUGUACAACAGGGCAAGCCUUGUCAAGAUAAAACACCAGCGGAAGUAUUGGAUCCGCGUAUUAAUCGAGUAUGGAGCAUACACCGCUGGCGCUGUUUUUGUAUACUUCGUUCUUGUCGGAGUGCCCCUAUGGAAAGGGGCAGUAUAUUGGCUCUAUUGGGUGAUGCAACACAAGUUCGUACUCCCCGGUGGUUGGGCCAUUGUCAUCAUCCUGCUUGUGCUAUAUUCUUUCGUACCACUCCUCGUCACUUUCGAGGAUGACUCCCCCGGACCGGAUUAUUACCGAAUGCGCCAUAUUGGCCCAACUGCCCCAGACACUGCUCUCCUAAUUCCUUGCUACAAAUCGGGUCCUAUCAUCGGUCGAACUCUCGAGGCUGCAUUGAAUAUCUUCACGGCCUCGCAAGUUUAUGUGAUCGCCAACGGUGACUCCCCGACUCCCCUAGACAAUACGGAGGAGGUGUGCCGAACCUACGGCGUCAACCACAUCUGGUGUCCCGUUGGCUCUAAGAUAGUCGCGAUCUUCAUUGGCUGCCAUGCAGUUAAAUCUUUUCGCCACGUCCUUCUGAUUGACGAUGAUUGCAUCCUACCCCCGAAUUUCCCUGUCGUUGUUUCCCGAUUGACCGAUAAAGUGCGCUGUAUCGGGUACACGAUUAAGUCAGUAAGUCCUGACUCCACGAAGGGCUCAUAUUGUCAACAGGCACAAGACUUAGAAUAUAAACUCGCUGGUUUACAGCGAACUUUUGCCGGGCGUAUUGGCAGUGUGACUUUCCCCCACGGGGCUAUCUCUUUAUGGGAGAGAGCGUUCUUGAAGGAAACCCUUCAGCACCACCCUGGCUUCUCCAUCAGUGAAGAUUGGUUCAUGGGAAACAGUUGUCGGCGUCUUGGAGGAAGGAUUCAGAUGUGCAGUGCUGUCUUUGUAGAGACUUCAACACCGUCUGCUUUCUUCUUCAUCAAUCAGGAUAAAAGUCGAAGUGGUUUCGGUGAGACAACGGUCUUCAAACAGAGAUUUCUAAGGUGGAACUUCUUCGUUGCCAACGGGAUUUGGUAUAACCUGGCCUAUAUUUUUGGGUCCUGGAAGUUGGGUAAAUGGGAAGUGGGCGCGAAGCUCUUCGUCAUCCAGGAGGUGUAUGAGACUCUUCUAUACGUGCUCACUCCCUUCAUACUCCCUAUUUCGCUUAUCGUCCGACCGGUGUUCUGUAUUGGUCUCCUGCUGGCAACUUUGGGGCUAUACCUGCUCAAUGCUAUUAUCUUCAACGAGAUCCAUCUGCGUCUGAAGAAUGAGCGAAUGCCAUACAAAAUUCUGAUCGGUCUUACAAAUGUUGCUAGCUGUUAUUGGUCUUUGUUCAAAUAUGCGCGGUAUUUUGCACAGCGACGUCCCAAACUCAUUGAAGAUCAUAAGGCCGUUGGGAUGGUGCUGCGGUUGGAGGAGAUGACAGAGAACCAACGAGGACGAGGUGGAUUGGGUAGAAGGAUGACUGUUAGGACGGUUGGUGUACAAAACAAAGAUAGUAGCAUCGCUGAACUCCAGGCUUUCUCUGACCGGGGAAGUAACAUCUGA